AUGAUCGCCGCUCAGGCCAAGCUGGUUUACCAGCUCAAUAAAUACUACACUGAGCGCUGCCAAGCGCGCAAGGCGGCCAUCGCCAAGACCAUCCGAGAGGUCUGUAAGGUGGUCUCGGACGUGCUAAAGGAAGUGGAGGUGCAGGAGCCUCGCUUCAUCAGCUCCCUGAGCGAGAUCGAUGCCCGCUACGAGGGGCUGGAGGUCAUCUCGCCCACAGAAUUCGAGGUGGUGCUCUACCUAAACCAGAUGGGCGUCUUCAACUUCGUGGACGACGGCUCGCUGCCCGGCUGCGCGGUGCUCAAACUGAGCGAUGGGCGGAAGCGGAGCAUGUCUCUCUGGGUCGAGUUCAUCACAGCGUCCGGCUACCUCUCGGCGCGCAAGAUCCGCUCACGUUUCCAGACGCUGGUGGCUCAGGCGGUGGACAAGUGCAGCUACCGGGAUGUGGUCAAGAUGAUCGCGGAUACCAGCGAGGUCAAGCUGCGCAUCAGGGAGCGCUACGUGGUGCAAAUCACUCCGGCGUUCAAGUGCACCGGUAUCUGGCCUCGCAGUGCUGCACAGUGGCCUAUGCCCCACAUCCCCUGGCCCGGCCCCAAUCGGGUGGCGGAGGUCAAGGCCGAAGGGUUCAACUUGCUCUCUAAGGAGUGCUACUCGCUGACCGGCAAGCAGAGCUCUGCGGAGAGCGACGCCUGGGUGCUGCAGUUCGGAGAGGCUGAGAACCGCCUGCUGAUGGGCGGCUGCCGAAACAAGUGUCUCUCGGUGCUGAAGACGCUGCGGGACCGCCACCUGGAGCUGCCUGGCCAGCCGCUCAAUAACUACCACAUGAAGACGCUGCUGCUGUACGAGUGCGAGAAGCACCCGCGGGAAACGGACUGGGACGAGGCGUGCCUCGGAGAUCGGCUCAACGGCAUCCUGCUGCAGCUCAUCUCCUGCCUGCAGUGCCGCCGCUGCCCUCACUACUUUCUGCCCAACCUCGACCUUUUCCAGGGCAAGCCCCACUCGGCCCUGGAGAGCGCUGCCAAGCAGACCUGGAGGUUGGCCAGGGAAAUUCUCACCAAUCCCAAAAGCCUGGACAAACUAUAG